UGCGCAGCGCAUCUCUCCCAAAUAGUCCAUAUUUGCCUUGUUAACGAAAUGAGAUACAGGCACUUCAGACGCACCUAUGUCUAGAUUCUGUAACUUUCUUUUCAUUUCGUUGUUUUGGAGUAGAAGUUAUUUUUUCUCCAUGGGCAUGGAACAUACACCCACGGCACUUCCUCAGACUGAUCAUUCUUAAACAGGAACAACUAAAGAACCCCACUGAGUUAUUGGCAGCUCUGAUGUGGUGCAGCUGCAACAGCCUCGAUCUAAAACCGCCGGACGGGAGCCGAGAGCAGGUUACCCAUAUCCAAAUAUGCGCGUAAUUGGCACUGCCGAGGCGUCCCUUGCACCCCUACCGAGAUAACGUUGUCGAGAUGUUCAAUACUUCAGGAAUUGAGCUCACCUUUAACAAGAAAGAGGAUAUUUCCGAAGUUAUCAAUGGCACUCUGCAGCUUCUCUACAACGUCCUCGUCACCAUCAGUCCCACAACCAUGUGGAACGAAUCGUGCGGGGAGCAGCUGCUGGAUUUUGGGCGCCCGGAGAAGAUUAUUAUCGGGGUGAUGUUAGCGAUCAUCACGGCGGUCACGGUUAUGGGAAACACGCUGGUGGUGAUCGCGGUGUGCGUGGUAAAGAAACUGAGGCAACCGUCCAACUACCUUCUGGUAUCCCUAGCAGUGGCGGACCUGUCAGUGGCCAUAGUUGUGAUGCCCUUUGUAAUAGUGACAGACCUCACCGGGGGCAAGUGGCUUUUCGGAGAGGUGUUCUGCAACAUCUUUAUCGGCAUGGAUGUAAUGUGCUGCACUGCCUCUAUCAUGACCCUGUGUGUGAUCAGCGUCGAUAGAUAUCUGGGGAUCACACGUCCCCUCACCUACCCAGCACGGCAGAAUGGUCAGCUGAUGGCAAAAAUGAUCCUGGGAGUGUGGCUGGUGUCAGCUUCCAUCACACUGCCACCUUUCUGCGGCUGGGCCAAAAACGUCCACACAGCCGGUGUGUGCCUCAUUAGCCAAGACUUUGGCUACACCAUCUAUUCCACAGCUGUAGCCUUCUACAUCCCUAUGCUGGUCAUGCUGGUCAUGUACUACAAGAUCUUCAGGGCAGCUCGCAAAAGUGGGGCCAAGCACCGCUUCACCGACCUUUCCCGUCGCGAGCGUCUUGAAACUGUGGCUAAUGAAGCGCUGCGAAUGCAGGGCCUGAAGCCGCCCGGUGUGGCGGAGGAGUGUGCUGCCUUGUCCCGUCUGCUUAACCGUGAACGCAGAAACAUCUCCAUCUUCAAGCGGGAGCAGAAAGCAGCCACAACACUGGGGGUGAUUGUGGGGGUCUUUGCUGUGUGCUGGCUGCCGUUCUUCAUCCUGUCCACUGCCAGGCCCUUUAUCUGUGGAGUGGAGUGUAGCUGUGUGCCCAUCUGGCUGGAGCGCACGCUCCUCUGGUUAGGUUACGCCAACUCCCUAAUGAACCCCUUCAUUUAUGCCUUCUUCAACCGAGACCUGCGAUCCACUUACCGUGACCUUCUCCGCUGUCGUUAUCGCAACAUCAACCGGCGACUCUCUGCUGUGGGUGUGCAUGAGGCUCUUAAGGUUUAAAGCAACGUAAUUAUAUUGACUCCCAGAAAGUGGGGUAUGGUGACCCUAUGCUCGUACACUUGGUGCUUAAAGGGCAAUGUGUGCAUAGCAGGCCUGUAGAUAAGACAAAGACUGACAGAAAGGGAGUCACUGUUGGUGGCUCUAUAGCCCAUCUGCAAAGGCAGAGAGACAACAUGAUCACUUCAGUGUGUGUGUGUGUGUGUGUGUGUGUGUGACUCACUCAUUCUAUUUUGGGAAACAAAAUCAUAGAGCACACUUGAUGGGCUAUUCAAGUCGACACUUCAAGUUGAUGCUUUUGUGCAUAUGACACAAUUCCUUCCUGGCUAUGGAUUUAUGGUAGGAUAAUAUGGUGACAAGGAAAUGACAUGUAAACACAAUCAAUCAUCCGAGGGUUUUUAAAGGGAACACAAAACAAACAGAUCCCUGUAUAUUAACCAAAUAGAUGUUUGAUAAGGAAAAACAUUUAUUUUAUUGCAAAUGUCUUCUGAACAGCGCGAUCUUAACCAGCAUUAAGCACAUCCCCGCAAACAGAAAUUUGAACAUUUGGAGGUGUAUCUUGCUUUGUGUCAGGAUUAAGUAUUAUUUGUAUCACUGCAGUCAUAGCUUUCAAUUCGGUCCUCUCACUAAAUUUAACAGUAGCACCUUAAAUGUUUCACAAAUGUUUACAAAUGUGGUGAUGCCAAGGGACUAGAGGUGGGUGGAAAAUGUUGUAAGAAUGCAUUUUUCAUUCAUGAAAUCUCAGUGUUUGUUGCUAUUAAAAGGUAGUCUGAAACUGAAAGUAGUUUGCUUACUGUCUGCAUGAAACACAUUUGUCUUACAUGCCACUGUAUGUAUAAAUCAUAAAAGAUUUUGAAUAGAGAAUUACAGUGUGGCUGCAGUUUUAUCCAUGUUUUAUCCAAACUCUUUAUCACACACUUGAAUUCAAAGUGAACUCAGUACCGUAUAUGUCAGAAACCAUGAUACUGUGGAUUUUUCUCACUCUUGUUAUUUUGCUUUCAUCAGUUUCAUUCCACAGUUGGCUAAGGUCAACAUGUUAUCAAGUUUUAUACAGUUACCUAAACCUCUUGAUCUCUGCCAUUUCACUUUAAGGAUUUACAUGUUCUCGAGACUUGUGCUCCACUGGUUGUCUACAGUGUUUCUAUCUCCCUUUUGAACCAGGUUGUAGUCACUUCCCUCCUGAUUUCACUCCAAUUUGAACUCUUCAGUAACCAGUAUGAGCCCAUGUCAAAUCAGUCAUUAUUUGAGCAGUGUGUGCUUUUUCUACCUCGAUUUCUGAGAAUACCGUACAUUUCCUCCAAACAGAUGUACUGCUGUCUUGCUUCAUUUUGUAAUUAACUGCUGUUUUAUAUUGUGAAAGAUUGAUCUGUCUACAACUGUGACUGCUCUGUCUGGCUACUUUGGCAUUACCCUCAGAAAGCAGCUGUGGAAGUGGAAAGGCAUUUCUUCACUUUGUAAAUAAAGAAACACUUGUUGAAAAUGUCACUGUGGCUAGCUUUGGUAAUCUCAGAUGACAUUCAUGCACUUUUAACUGGUUCAGUGAUGGAGUUCUAGUUCUUUAAGACUAAGACUAACACACACACACACAUCUUUUUCUCUCAUUUGCAAACAGGAGACCGUUCUCAUAGGUUUUCUUGCUUUCUCCACAGAGCAUUUCUUCAUCAAAAGUCUGAUGUGCACAUUUUGUUGUACAAAAUUGAUUUUCCUUGCUGACUGGACUGAUGGGUCUGACAUGAGGAAUAAAAACACACAUUAUGGUCUGGUAGAAGUCUUUGAAACAUCCAUGCCAUUUCUUAAGAAUUAGAACCAAGGCUGUUGUGCCAGUGCAAGUACUCUGGAGACAUGUUUGAGGAUGCUGACCCAAAAAAGAUGCUUUUAUUUUCUGUUUGCUUGGAGCAAAAUCUUUUAUUCACAUUGUGGGAGACAGCUGUCUGCUUGCUUUCAGGACUGAAACUGUCCUGUAGAGACACAGGAAAAACAUGUGUGAUGUGUUGUGUUUGUGGCCAGAAUGUGUGUAGUUCAAAUGCUGAAACCAGUAUGAAAUAAAUUACACUCAGUUUCA